CGCGGGUAAUGCAAACAUUUCCGGCCGUGACCCACCGUGAAACGACAGCAGCACUCGGAAUGUAUAAACCAGAGGAAACAACGACAGAAAGAAAACGUCCUCCGCCCGUUAAGGUGCUGUCCGGUCAGCUUAGGACCGCAGAGAGCCGGGGGCCAGCUGACGGCGGGGAUGGCUAUGUUAUCAGACCGCGCAGGGGUAGCUCUCUGCCGGUCUCACUGGUGUGGAUGCAGGGAACUGUACUGGAGGUGCAGCUGGACCGAAACACCGUGCUGCUCAUGGAUGAAACGGGGACGUUUGCAGUUCAGGGCGUCAACAACAUCCCCAAGGGGAGGCCAUGUUUGUUCCAAGGCAAGUAUGUCAUGGUGAUGGGUGUCAUCCAGGCCAUCUCCCCGGAGCCAGUCAUCCGUGCAGUAAAGAUGGCAGACCUCUCGGAGCUCGCUGCGCUGCACAGACGGAUGUGGAGGUUGGAGGUGGAGGACCUGCAGCAGGUGCUGGCCUGAAUGCAGAGCUGCUGGUGGCAAGUUGAACUGCAUCUGUCAUGUGUGUCCAGCUGGCUGUCCAAGUAUAUAAGUGAUUGUUGACAAAUGAAAAACUUUCCUCUCUGGAUUGAGAGAGAUGAUUCUCCAAGAUGUCACACUUAGCUUGGAGGUAGGAUUCAAGAGUAACUUUACAGAGAAGACAUGACAAGACACAUUCAUAUUUGUGCAUGUUUUGAUGCUGAAACGUGGAUGUAUUUUUCCCCACUUGACCCCUGCUCCGAGGAGGUCAGUGUCUUAAAGAGAAGAAAAAACUGUAGACCUUCAAGGGACAAAUGCUAACACAUGGUUAAAACACAGGUUAUCCAGCUGAAAGAACAUCUAACCUCUGUAACAGAUCUACUAAUGCGUGUGAAGAGCAUCUUAUCAGGUUGUACUAUAGGCAUCACCAUUGUAAUUCAUAUUUUCAAGUGCUGAUGUACUUUUCUCUACUAAAACUGGAGUUUAAUUUAAAUAUUUCUUCACUGCAUUAGGAUUGACAGAUUGGGAUUGUGUUAACAAAACCUGGUUUCCGGGGAUAAAAUAUUAGCUUCUUUUUGAUUGCUGCAGAAAAGCAAUUUAGAUCACAAUGGAAAAAAAAAUUCUAAUUUCUACCUGUGACAUGUUAGUAAAUGCUGGAAUGUCACGUAAGUACAUUUACUCAAGUAAAAUUUUGUUUAGUGCUUUAGUUUUACAUUUUAUGGGUAAAUAUUGUAUUUUUACUCGACUACAAUCAUUUGACAGCUGUAGUUACGAGUUAGUGUAUAAAGUAGAAUUUUACAUACAAAACAUGAGCUUGUGAAAUGUACCAGUUAUAGAUUAAACUACCGUAUAAAACAGUUAAAUAACUUCACCCAAGUUAAAAGCUGCUUACACAUUAAUGCAUCAGUAAUAAUGAUACACAAUAUUACAAAAUACCAGCCAAAGAGAAGCAGUACUCUUACUUUUGAUACUUUGAAACACCUUUAGCUAAUACUACCUACUGUACAUACCUUUACAAUUUUCAGUGUAGUACUGUUACUUGUAAUGGAAUAGUUUUACAGUAUGGUAUUACUUAAAAGAUUUGAAUACUUCUUCCACCACUCGUUCCAGAUGUGUAAUUAAUAAAACAUAGCAGUUCAAACGCAGGUUAAAAAAGAAGCUUUAUUUGGUGUGGUGCCCAUUACACUGGUAACACUAAUGGAUAAAUGGAAAAAUGACCUAAAUUGAUGGAUUA